AAGCACACAACUUAAAUGGCUUCCAACGACCAAAACCAUCCCAGAGCCACGCAAGUUUUUUCAUCAUUAUCCACAAAAAAAAAAAAAGACACACACACACACAAUCAUUCGGCUACUUUCCUCCUUUGAUGUAAUUCAUUAUCCAAGCCACCUUCGAAAAUGGAGCUGACCGUUUCCACAAACCAUCCUAACAACAAUUUCCUUUCUCCGAGGUGGAAUUCCAAUCCAAUCCGACAAACAAUCAACAAAAGUCUCCACUUUUCUCAGCCGAUUCAGAAGAAGCUCCGCCGCCGGAUAUCAAAUUUGGCGGCGGCGAAUAACACAGGCUAUAGAACUGGUAGUAAUAGCAAAAGUGAUAAAAUCAACAAUAAUACUUUGGCAACAACAAGAACUUCGUCGGCGGAGACCGAGACGGUUGCAAUGGCUGCCGGAAAUGGAAAGCCUAGUAGUGCUGGUAACGGGAAUACGGCCUUGGAGCAGCUUGAUUUUGAGCGCGGCGUUUGCAUUCCGUUUCGCAAGUACUCUCCCCAAACAGUGAGGGAUAAGGUAUUGGAGUCAAGAGGCGCAAUAUUGUCACUCAUUGGUCGCGGGGUGGAGAUAGUAUGGAAGUUAGGCCUUUAUUGGUCUACAUUAGUGUAUGAUUAUUUCGUUGGUCGUGAUGAAGAAGUGGUUCCAUUUCGCGCCAGCCAGCUAAGAAAUCUUCUCUGUGAUCUCGGACCUUCUUUUAUCAAAGCUGGACAGGUCCUUGCAAACAGGCCUGAUAUAAUUCGAGAAGAUUACAUGAAUGAACUUUGCAUUCUUCAAGAUGAUGUUCCUCCUUUUCCCGACCAGGUUGCUUUUAACAUCAUAGAAGAGGAAUUAGGUCAACCUCUUGAAGCUGUUUUCAGCAAAAUUUCAUCAGAGACUAUAGCAGCAGCUAGUUUGGGUCAGGUUUACCGAGCUACUUUGUGUGCCUCCGGAGAGGAUGUUGCAAUUAAGGUGCAAAGACCUGAGAUAGAGCCUAUUAUAUAUCGAGAUCUUUUCCUUUUCCGGACCCUGGCAUCAUUCUUGAAUGGCAUCAGUUUACAAAAGCUGGGUUGCAAUGCAGAGCUUAUAGUUGAUGAAUUUGGCGAGAAGCUUCUGGAGGAGCUUGAUUACACUUUGGUAUUUUUGCAGAACUCUCUCGGCUUGACACCAAAAAAUAAGAAGAAUAUGGCUUUUAGAUAGAAUAAAAGCAUUGUAUAUUUGAUGAUUUUA